AUGGUCCUGACCAGUAGUCCGCCCAUCACAUAUGCUGAUCUGCUCGACAACGCUUACCCCGCGAACAGCAUCCCCGCUGCCGUCCCCUUCACCUCCGAGACCGGUCAAGGAGUGGCGCAAUUCGGCCAGCGUCGUAGUCCGGGCGAGUACGUGCUAUCCGGGAUAGGAUCAGGGUCGCGCGGGCACUAUCCGCGCUGCCCGGGGGGCGGGCGCGGGCAGGGGGCGGCGCUGCCGGCGCGCGCGCGGGGCGCCUGCCGAGCGCUGCCCGGUCGUUCGGGGGCGCUUCCUACCUUUCGCCUUCGAUCCACUUGUGCCCACGUCGAAACUCAACCCUCCCCGCCUACGUCUUCCUACCAUGACACGAACAUCGUCGACCACGGCAAGACGUACAACAAGGAUGGACCAGGAGAACGAACCACCGCAUGAACGACGUCCACGUGUGUACAGAGAGCUGAAAUCUUCGCGGUCUGCGUCUGCACCGCCACAGUUGAGGGAAUUUGCUGACGUGUUCUUUUUCAACCCCGCCGCCGUCCUUCACCAUCGGCCCACUGCGGCUACCUGUCUUCUUAUUUUCAUCCUAUUUUUUUUAACCAGAACAACGUUGAUGGUGAUGGUCUUUUCGUACGAACAGACAAGGGUUCUAUGAGCUUGCGCGAGUAUGCUUGUCUCCGCGGGCGAAUCAAGUUCGCGUGAGUACCGGCGGCUCAACGAUCGGGGCGCGACGCCAUCUCGUCGAUCUGACUCCUCAGUGCUCACCAUCUGUGUGAUGUCCUUCGAGCAGUCGGUUCUACGGGAUGCACUAGUAAAGGCAGGAAUCACCACACCUGACCCCAUCAGUCGGCAUGCCGAGGUCAACCAGACGUGGACUCCAGAGUACCACACGCCUAAGGAAUUCAACCUCAAGGACGCGUUCAGGCUCAUUCAAGCCAAAACGCAAAGCAACACUACUGUGUGGGGACGUCUUGGACCUGCAAAACAACGAGAUAUCGUCAAAUAUGUGAGUUGCGCGGAAUCUGCCAGUCUUGUACGGAGCGUGCGCUUGCUCGGGCACUCACUCGUCACUCUCGUUCAGAUUCGUAUCGGGCGACUGGCUCUAUGAAGAACUUGUUAUUGAUGUGUUGGCGAAUGUCCGAGCCGCGUAUAGACUGCAGUACGACCGUGAGGCCUGUCGGUUGGCGGGAAUCAUGGGACGGCUUUCCAGGGCGGGCAUCACAAGAUUGCGCAACGAGCUAG